AUGUCUGACCAUAUCUUCUAUAUUUACUCAAACCUGUCCUCUGUUCCCUGGGAGGGCAGUGCAACAGCAGCAGUUGCUCCCGUUUCUCCUCCUACACCUGGUCACUACCAUGUCCUCUACCAAGGGUGUGGAAAAACGCAGUUGGGCCGGCAUGAGGAGACAUACUGCCUAGUUGGUGGCUACGGGGCCUAUGGGGAUGUUCCUUUGGCCAAGCCAGCAAAGGUGGAAGCAGAGACGCCAGUCUCCAGACAUUGUCCCAAGAGAAAGCACAAUCCGGAAAAGUCGGACAAAGACCUGGGUUGCUCCAGAACCAAAACCCAGCGAUUGCAGCAUUCAAGCAGCUCAGGAAUACAAGCAGCAGUUGCUCCCGGUUCUCCUCCUACACCUGGUCUCUACCAUGUCCUCUAUCGAGGGUGUGGAGAAAAGCAGUUGGGCCGGCAUGUGGAGACAUACUGCCUGGUUGGUGGUUACCGGGUCUACGGAGAUGUACCUCUGGCCACGCCAGCAAAUGUGGAAGCAGAGAAGCCAGUUGCCAGACGUGCUCCCAAGGGAAAGCACGCUCCAAAAAGGUUGGAUUGCGACCUGCGUUUCUCCAGACCCACAGUCCGGCGAUUGUAG